GUGUUAUUCGUCUACCUUCCGCGUGUCGGGGGACAUGCCCGACCUAACCCUGGGGCCCUCUGGGCCUCGUGAUGGGGUGCUCUGGAGUCCGCGGGGGCCUCCUCCUCCUCCUCCUCCUCCUCCUCCUCCACCUCCUCCUCCUCCUCCUCCGCCUCCUCCUCCCCCUCCUCCUCCUCCUCCUCCUCCUCCUCCUCCUCCUUGUCCUCCUCCUCCUCUCAGGAAUCAUUUGGGGGCACCUCCAUCUUGGGCUGGGGGCCCUUCCAUCGACACCGAACUUCUCGGCGUGGCGCGGCCUGUUCAUGCACGUGCAGAGCCGGGACUUCGGGGACUGCCUCGAGAUCUCCUUCCGGGGGGCCGUGUGGCUGGUGAUGUUCGGGGCCCCGAUCAUCUGGGGCCUGAACAAGGAUCCCGCGUCGCUCUUCUACGAGGGCAGCUUCGGGGGGAAGAUGUUCGAAAAGGGGGCGAUCGUCAGCUUCGUUUACACGCUUGCCCCGACCCUUGGUCAGACGAUCAGCAAUGCUGUGCAUGGCAUCGCUGGAACCUUGACGGCUGCGGCGUUCAGUCUUCUCAUGUAUCUGGUGUAUCAGGACGGAUGCAGCGGCGCAGGGAUGUUUGAGCUUUGCUAUUUCUUUGGUGGGCUGGUAGGGGCAGCCUCCAUAGUCUGUUGCCAGCUGCUCAACCUGGGAAUGAGCUUCCAGAUUUUCUACAUUGCCAAUUUUGUGUGGUUCUGGAUGGCUUUCCUGAACCCCGACUCCCCGCUGCGGACUGCCCCAGACUCCCCUAAGGAGUGGUUUAUGGGUCUCGAAUUUGUCGACUGGGGCGGGGGUGUCUACGAUGGUGUAAUUACUAUGGUCAGUGGGGCUUGCCUGGCCGUCAUUGUCACCCUUCUGCCCUACCCCAUGAGCUCCAUGGAGCUUGCACGCGAUGGUGCCUUCGCCGCAGUCAGUAUGCUAGAACAGACGUGGGAAAAGUCUGUAAAUUUCUACCUCGCGAACGACAAGGAUGAGAGGCGCCAGGCGAGGAUGGUCUGCUCCAUGAAUGCGAUCAAGGAUCACGUCAGCAUCCUCAAGCAGGACCUGGACGGCUCCUGGUGGGAAGUUUGCUUCCUCGGCUUCUUCGCGCGCUCGUGGAGGUCACAUCACCGCUUCCUGGUCGAGCUCGAGACAACCACCAGCCGCUGCAUCGAGCGCCUCACGCACGUGGUCGAUGCGUGCACGCGAGAGCAGUUCGAGGGCAUCCACGGUGAGAUGGUGAGGCCCGAGAUGUGUGGGGAUGCCAUGCGGGCGCUGGCCAAAUCGACCAGCGACCUCCUCAGGCUCGCGCUGGAGCACGCGGACGGGGGCCACAUCCGCGCAGGAGACAGGGAGGAGCUGCUACGCGAGGCUGACGGGGUGAGGACGGCAGAGGUUCACUUGACCAGGCGGAUGUGGCAAUCAAUUGUCGACAUCAACGAGAAGGAGGUGAGGAAGGCCGCCACGGAAGAGGUGGAGGGAGGGAGGGGGCGGAGGAGGUGGUCGAGGGAGGAGGUAGUUGAAACCGUGGCCCACCAGCUAACCGACGAGCAGGUCUUCAUAUUCAGCUUGUGCGACUUUGCCAGUAGCGUGCAGGCCUACUCCAGGUGGCUCGCCGAGCAGACCGACGCUCCACCCCGGGAGGCCGUCGACUUGGCUGCUGGUCUCCGGAACGUCUUCAAGAGUGACGCCAUCAUGGCACCUGCCAACCUCAACUGCGCGCUCCGUGGGUGCCUUGCGAUCUUCAUCGGCUUCGCCAUCGGGUACGUCGGCUACUCCGCCAUGAUUCCGGCAAAGGAUGCCACGAUCCCGGGCACGAUCGCCGUGCUCCUCUCGCGGUCGCUCACGUCUCCAAUCGGCAAGAGCCUGGCUCGGCUGCAGGGUGUAGUGCUUGGAAAGUUCUCUGGCCAGCUGGCGUACGCACUGCUGGGCUGGUGCCACGCCUGGGCCCAGAUAUCGCUCUCAGCCGUCGUGUUCUCGUACGUUUGGCUCACGCUGUUCAUCUACCACUACACCUCUCCUUUCAGCUACCUCGGAUGCCUGGCCGCUGCCCUUGGCACGCAAGCCUUCCUGAGAGGGUGCAGCAACGUGGGUGUGGUGCGUCCGGACGCGGGCAUAAUCGUCAACAUUCUGAUCGCCAUCGGGCUCAUGACGGUCGUCGACCUCGUUCUCAAGCUGGGCCGCCCCUCAGAACUGGCCUUCGGGGCCUACCUCGAAGCCUGGGCCGCCUGGGGCCAUGUGCUGGAGGAGCUGCUCAUCGGCGAGGACACUCGCGUGGACCCCGUGCAGAUCACCGCCCUUCUCGGCAAGGCGGAGGCGUUCGCGGGCGAGGCCGCGGCCGAGCCGAGGCUCUGGAGGGGCCCCUUCCCGAGCGCCCUCUUCUCGGAGAUGGUUGCGCUCGCGAGGACGAUGAGCAAGGAGGUGAUUUGCAUCCACACCGUCGUCUGCGAGAAGAAGCAAAACCACGACGGCAGUUUCGCAACGAAGGAGUGGUUCAAGCGCCUGCUCGCAGACAGGGACUCCGGAUGGUCAGCACAAAUUGCGGAAAUCCUCAAGGAGGCAGAUGCCACCCGCGACAUGGUCGAGAAGGUUGAGGAGCUGAAUGGCAAGAAGGUGCCAACAUCGAUCCCAAAACUAAGACGGCUUCACAACAUCGAGUGGGAGUUGGGCAGCCUCAGGCUAUACCAAUCUGGCUUGGCCACUACCAGGGUCAAGGAGAUGGCUUCAGAGACGUCGAGCCUGGUUGAAGAUGAGUUUGCGCAGACGAAUUUCAUCUACGGGUGUUUGCAAAACAUCAAGGCUGUCAACCGCAGUAUGCAGCUACAGAUGGUCAAGAACGGGGUGUGAUGUGGAGAUGUUCAAUAACGGGAUGGAGGAAGACCUCAACUUGCAUCUGGUAAUUUAGCGGAGGUGAGCGGGUAUAAUUGAAACAUGCACUGUAAAAGUGAUCCUGGUGAAGGUUCGUUUGGGAUAUUUGCUUCACUUCUUGAGGAUCGAUUGGCGGAGUGCGGGGGAGGAGGCGGGGGGCAGUUCGUGUUUCGGGGGUGGGUAGACGCAGUACCGUUGUCUAGGCCAAUGUCCAGGGCAGUCCUGGUCCACGAAGCUGGCGCCACGAACAAGGAGCUGCGUGUUGAGCACGAUGGAGCACUCGCGUGCAGGUGUACAGAAGCCCCGCCGCCUUCUGAGAAGGCCUGCCCCCUCUCCCACUUCCCCCAGGCGCGCCGCCGAUACAGGUCCUCGGUCCACUCUUUCUUGGCAGGCCCCACUUCGGGGAACAAUUGUUUCUGCCCUGGCUUGUUCCCCUGCCGCUUGCACUUCGCUUUCAGCACCGCCUGAUCCCGGGGCUUUGCCCCCUCUUGGCCUUGACGUGAGGCCCCGACUUAUUUUUUCCUUCCUCUGCUAAUUAAAGCUGUGCGCGUCCCGCUUAGCUUUCAACGUAAGAGGUUCGCUCUCGCCCUGCAGAUCAAACAUUGUUCCCCUGCCGCUGGCACAUUCGUAGCCGCUGCAAGCCACGGCGCGUGCCCGCAGACGUGGCCCGCGUCGUGGCGCAGGGAGGCACGCGGGGCCGCCGUGCCCGCCGCGGGGCGGCUGCCCUCAGAGACUGUACGCUGCGCCUCUCCUCCUCCUCCUCCUCCUCCUCCUCCUCCUCCUCCUCCUCCUCCUCCUCCUCCUGGGGUGCUCCCAGAGCUCGACGGUCCCGCCUUUGCCAGUGGAGCUGCCGUUCACCUUGUCCAUCCAUCUUGGCAAUCCCCAGGUCAUCCCCAGGGAGCGAAGGUCAGCGCGCUUCGCGCAUCGCGGCUCGGCGGGUUGAGCAGGCGCCCCUCCUCAGGACGGCGGCGCGAGGGCGCCGAGUCAUGCGCGCGUCGCGCAUCGCGGGGCGCCCUGCGCGAAGUUAGGCGACCUAGAAUCCAGAUCGUUGGUGCUUCCGUGGGGUUGCCCAGACACCGAUUCGGAGUUGGCCGGACACCAACCU